CUGGUUGGCUGGGUGCUUUCCAAACACGGAAGUGACGUCAAAGCAACCAUACAGUUUCGGUAAUUACAAAGGAGCCUGUCCCUCGUGCGGUCCGCUGCUUGUCCACCUUUCCACUCGGGUCGCCCCGCCGAGGACAGCGCUAUGACGACCUUGUCCUGUCCGCUUCGGUCUCUCCUGAAACACACGGACUGUCUGCGGAGGGCAGCCGUCUCCCGCCAUGUCUUACCCGGCUCCCCUCAGCGCUCACUCGGGGCUAGUUUGUGGAGGCGGAAUUUCAGGGCAUUGUCCCACGGAGCCACCGGUGAGCUGCUGUCGCUCCAGUCCGGAGCCAAAACCAGCGCAGCAUCUGCAUGCAGCAGCUCUUCAGACGGCCAGGACGUCACUCAGAAGCUGUGGUCUGUUUACACUGAGACCAAAAGGCAGACAGAAGUUAUGUCCACCAGCUCUGUCGACCCGGACACCAUUUUUGCCAACAACGAGAUGAGUCUGCGAGACAUCGAGAUCUACGGCUUUGACUAUGACUACACCCUGGCAUUUUACUCCAGCCACCUCCACACGCUCAUCUUCAACAUCGCACGAGACAUCCUCAUCACCAACCACAGGUACCCAGAGGGCCUGCGAAAGUACGAGUAUAUCCCAGACUUUGCUGUGAGGGGGCUUCACUACGACGUCCAGAAGGCACUGCUGAUGAAGAUAGAUGCUUUUCACUACAUCCAGUUGGGCACUGUAUACAGAGGUCUUGAUCCGGUUCCCGAUGAGGAAGUGAUAGCCAUGUACGAAGGAAGUCAUGUGCCUUUAGAGAUCAUGAGUGACUUCUAUGGCAAGAGCACACACGAACACACGAUGAAGCAGUUCAUGGACAUAUUCUCCCUCCCUGAGAUGACGCUCCUCUCUUGUGUCAACGACUUUUUCAUGAGGCACAACAUCGACUAUGAGCCCGUCCAUCUCUACAAAGACGUAAAGGAAGCAAUCAGAGAUGUUCACGUCAAGGGCAUCAUGUAUCGAGCAGUGGAGGCAGAUACAGAGAAAUACAUUUGUUAUGGUGAGCAAAGCCACGCUGUGCUGAGGAAGCUGUCAGCAUACGGAAAGAAGAUGUUUCUCAUCACCAACAGCCCUUUUGACUUUGUGAAUCGUGGAAUGAGCUACAUCGUGGGAGAGGACUGGAGGGACCUGUUUGAUGUUGUUAUUGUCCAGGCUGACAAACCUAGUUUCUUUAAUGACAGAAGGAAACCUUUCAGGCGAGUGACAGAUAAAGGUGCUUUACUGUGGGACAGAAUCCACAGGUUGGAAAGGGGGCAAAUCUACAAACAGGGAAACCUGUACGAGUUCCUCAGACUCACCGGCUGGAGGGGAUCCAAAGUACUUUACUUUGGAGAUCACAUUUAUAGCGACUUGGCAGAUCUGACUCUGAAACAUGGCUGGAGGACAGGCGCCAUCAUCCCUGAGCUGCGGAAGGAGAUCAAGAUCAUGAACACACAGCAGUACGCUCACAUGAUGACCUGGUUACAAGCGCUAACUGGACUCAUCGAACAGAUGCAGGUGCACAGAGAUCCCGCGACUCAAGCUGUGGUCGAGGAGUGGAUAAAAGAAAGAGAAGCCAUGAAACCACAUACCAAAGACAUCUUCAACGCUCAGUUCGGGAGCCUCUUCCGCACAGAUCAUAACCCCACCUACUUCUCACGGCGACUCUCCCGCUUUGCUGACAUCUACAUGGCCACCAUCAGCUGCCUGCUCAACUAUGACCUCAAGCACAUCUUCUUCCCUCGCCGCACUCCUCUUCAACACGAGGCCUUGUUUCGACCCGAACACGAUCCUUCUGCAUCUUCUCCGCCUCUGCAGGACUGAAGCAAAGUCUGACCUAAAUAGUUCAGGAAGUCUUAACCGAAGCAAUCGAUAUUAUUAAUUCGCCUCCAUCAGUGCACCAUAGAGCAGCUGUGGCUAUGUUAUAGCUCAUCACCACCAGGGUGUGAAUGUGUGUGCAUGGGUGAAAGACUGAUUGUGUUGUAAAGCGCUUUGGGGGGUAGUUAUUUAGAACUAUCAGAUUGUCAUAAUCAAGGAAACUGUUGAAGUUUGAGAUUAUUUAAUCCAGUUAUUUAUAGUUGUCCUUUCAAAGGAGGAAGAGAGGAUGAAUGUUUGCUUUUAAAGCCAAACUCGUGUAAAUUUAUUUAAGAGAAAUGGUGCAUUUUAUACCAUCCAAUCAGUAGGGGGCAGUCAUACACCAGAUUUUAUAUGUAUUUGUGUUGCCUUAUUGUCGUACUCUUCAGCUGCUGCAGUAGGAAUUUUACUCUGAGGCUCCAAACUCCAUUGACUUAAUCUGUUCACAUCACUGCAGACUAUGUAUUUAGGUAGAUUAAAUUUAAAUGUAGGCUUGACAUUGACACACAUACACACGCCUAAUGUCAAAUGGUUGCAAACAUUUCCAUCGAAGCCAGCCUGCAUGUCCAGUUUUCAUUAUUUAAUUUUUACCUGGAAUAAUGGAGCAUUGUUGCUUUAAUUUGUGUGAGCGCUGCUAUUUGGUGUGUGGAAGCAGUUGAGAUUUUUAAAGAGGACUGGUGAAACAUUUGAACUUGUCUUGAGAUUAAAGACAAAUCCUAGAAAAUGGGAUUUUAUUGGCAGUGACACUGACCAUUCUAGGACCUUCUGUUUGAGGAUUUGUUGAUGCUCUUUGUUUUAUCUACCAUUAGAAGGUCAAUGAGCUGAUCCUCACAGCACCGGUGUUAUUAAAGUGGUCUGACAGUUGCUGUAAUGGGAUUUAAUUUAUCAUGUGUCCGGCUGCAUUUAUUGUAGGUUCUAGUUUAUGGUUAAUCAUUAAGUUGUUCUAGAAAGUGGAAUCAAAUUUAGAGGAUUGUUUGGUUAAUAAAAUAAACUUUCUAAUUAUAA